CUUGGAUUACACUCGGCAUCAGUCAUCUCCUAAAAGAAGCACCUCUACAUAUGGGUCUUGAAUGGAUGACCAGCAACCGGGAAUAUUUCUAGUGCAAGCAAGGAUGAUGCCCAUUUCAGUGUUUGACUGCAUCUCCUUGACCGUGUAUUCCUUCACCUUCCUGCUUGGCCUCCCUGCCAACCUUCUGGUCUUCUUUGUGUAUGUGCGUAAAGCUCAAAAACAUGGCGCUACUCCUAAUGUGGUUUAUACUAUCAACUUGUGCUUCUCCAACCUUAUCUUGGUUGCCUGGAUGCCUGUAAAGUCCGCCUACACGGUUCUUGAUAUAUGGAUCCUACCAGAGUUGCUCUGUCCGAUUUACAACUUCUUUGUUGUGGCCUCGCUUUAUGGCAGUGGGCUCCUGCUGACAGCUGUGGCUGUUGGACGUUAUUUGAGUAUUGCCUUCCCAAUCAGCUAUAAAAUUUAUCGCCGUGCUCGCACAUCCUGCAUGAUUAGUGCUCUGUUGUGGGCUGUAGUAUUUAUGCAUCUCAGCUUAGCUUUAGUGGCAGAGAAAGGGGCCUACUUUGUGUCUCCAUUUAAGCCCAACACAUCAACGUGCUAUGAGAACUUUACUCGUGAGCAGCUGGAUAUCUUGGUGCCGCUGCGCCUAGAGAUGGCGAUAAUGCUGUUUGCCAUGCCGCUUCUGCUCUCUGUGUUCUGCACACUGCGCUGUCUAGCGUUGGUGAAACAAUCAUGCCUUUCGGCUGGCAGCAAGCGUCGCAUCCUGGCCAUGGAACUCUCAGCGCUCGUGGUCUUUGUGGUAUGUUACACACCAUACAACGUAUCUCACGUGGUUGGUUUCAUCAAGGACAACAACACUCACUGGAGACGUGAGGCCAUUGUCUCUAGCUGCUGUAAUGUCUUCCUCGAGCCUGUGGUGAUGCUGAUGCUGUCGCCCUCAAGGCCAAAGGACGUGCUCUGCAGACUGUGCAUGAAACGGACCCCCAAGCAGCAUCACGAAGGCAUUGUGCAGGCGAAGGACUCUCUGGCAACCAUGCAAAGAGGGACAAUGUCAAUCAAACGACAGUUAGCUUCUGAAUCUGUGAAAGCGACUUAAUAAUAAAGGAACACUUUUUACAGGAAGACGUAUUACAGUCGAGCUUUUAAAAGGUAACCGAGUUAGUCGUUCUAACUACAUCAAAGAUUUCAGAUGGAUAGAUGUGUACUCGGUAGACAUGCAGAAAAACAUUUAUGUCUAUGGAUGUCUUUGAGGUGUAGAAGCAAUGGAAAAAUUAAGUAGCAUGCUUGUACGUGUGACAUCAUUUAACACAAAAUUUAUUACAGAUGGACAAAACAUUAUUAGGUUAUUAUUCUUUUAGAAAGAGUCUAAGUAUUUAUGAAAGGUGCUCUUAAUAUCAGCAAAGAUUUUGUUAGGCCUAUUUGAUAGCCUGCACUUGAUAUAAUGUACACAAGACGUGUAUACUGGGAUCUGUAUUACUGAAUUUGCUGCCAUGAAUCAUAAAUGGAAUGUCUAUGCUUCUUUUAUUAACGCACAUUAUUUUCAGUGGAAAUUACCAAUGAAAGGAGGUCAUAUCCUGAGCAGUUUGGAUGUAAGAGAUCCUGAAAGGAAUGACGGCAGUGCAAGGAGAACUCAAGUUCCCUUUAACACACUCAGCACUGCUUGACUUUAUAGUAUACAGUUAUAGAAAAUAAAUGAUUUAUAAUCGCACUAUCUGGUGUCACGCAGAUGAGGAUGGGCUCCCUUUUGAGUUCCUUUCAAGGUUUCUUCCUUAUGUCAUCUCAAGGACUUUUUUCCUUGCCACUGUUAUCUCUGGCUUUCUCAUUAGAGAUCAAUUUAAAAGUACAUUUCUGGAAAACCUGCUUUGUGAAAAUGUACACUGUUAAAAGUGCUAUAUACCUAAAACUGAAUGGAACUGAAUUGAAUUGAAUUGAGAAAAAGUGCUGGGUGAGCACAAUUCACCACACCCACUGCUAAAAAUAAAAGAAAUGAGGUCUGUGGCUACCAUUCAAGAAAUUGAAGGAACAAGAAAUCCUACGACUGAAAUCUCCUAAAUGAAUCCACAAAACUCCCAGCAUUAAAUGUGAGCAACUUAUUGCACAAUUCUCCUUGAAGGCACAAUGGGAGAGUUUAAAAUCUUUUCUUUUUAA